UGUUCACAGCCCCUCGAGGGAGAAACAACGCACUGCUUGGUGGUGGAGAAAUUUGGGAAGGAACCUAAGGAAUCACUGUCCGACAUGGACCUCCCAUCCUCCACUAGUGAUGUGCCGAUGGUAGCGAACGGGUCAUUCCUUAUGGUGAAGACAAAGGCGGCUUACAAGCAGUAUCCACCAAGCAUCCUGUAUGGAAAGGGAUUGAAGACAAGCAAGCGGGGAAAGCGCGCCACGAAAAAGACCAUCAGAAAGAGGGAUGGCGAUGAGGCGGCAGCACCCGAGCCAAAGAAAAUCAAAGAGUCACUGGUGACCGAAAUGCCUCAACCUCUGGCGGAGCAACCGGAAAAGCCAGCCGAGGAGCAGGCGACCGAAAAGCCAGCCGAGGAGCAGGCGACCGAAGAACCAAGUGAACCCGUAGCUGCAGCUGCUGAUGAGGGGGGAAGCCAAUAAGAUGGCUAUCUCGAAGAUGGGGAAUCCCCAAAUCUAUGAUUAAAUAAAAUUGAAAUUG